AUGUCGCUUCGUUUGGGUCGAAAUGUGACCGUCUUGGUCAAUUCAACGGCUAGAUUAUCGACUAGCGCUCCAUUGAACAAGAUUUCUAAUGAAGAAGCUAUGAGAAAGUUUAGAUCACACAUUCUGCCAAAUCCUGAGGUAAGUUUUUUGUUGUUUCGAGUUCGAAUUUUAGGUAAUAAUUGAUAUUAUAGUUGAAAAGGCCUUUAAGAUUUUAUAAAUGGAGUUUUUAGCGUUUAAUGGCUCGUUAUGGAGGAAGACAGACAGUUACUGCUCUGCCUGGAGAUGGUAUUGGUCCAGAAAUGAUGGAGCACAUUCAAAGAAUCUUUGUCUUUGCUCACGUUCCAGUUGAUUUCGAGACUGUUCCUCUUGGCUCAAGCAAUCUAACUGAUCCUGAAGGAGAUCUCAACAGCGCUGUGGGCUCGAUUAAACGGAAUGGCAUUGCUUUGAAGGUAAAGGAAGCUAUAUAUAGUUAUAAUGAACUAAAAUUCUUAAGUUUUUGUCUAUAUUUAGCUAAUUUUCUAGUUUUAGGGUAAUAUUGAGACCAAGUUUGAUAACCCUGAAUUCAAAUCUCGUAACAUGGAAAUCCGUCGAAUCUUGGACUUAUAUGCCAACGUACUUCAUUGCGUAUCAAUUCCAAGUGUUCCAACUAGACAUCAGGAGCUUGACAUUGUUAUGAUCCGCGAAAACACUGAAGGUGAAUAUUCUGGACAUGAACAUGAAGCCAAGCCUGGUGUUGUCGAAAGCUUAAAGGUAAACAGCUUUUUUAAUGUUUAGCUUCUAAUUUGAAUGUUAUUUUAGAUUGUAACUCGCAAUAAGAUGGAAAGAAUUACCCGUUUUGCCUUCGAAUACGCUAGAACUUACAAUAGACAGAAAAUCACUGCUGUUCACAAGGCCAAUAUUCAAAAACUUGGCGAUGGAUUGUUUUUAAAAGUAAGUAUUAACUUCAUUAGACUUUGUUCUUGAAUUUUAGGUAACAAUUAAUAUGAUAUUAUUCCGGAAAGUUAUAAAAAUAGGGUUUUUCUAUAUUAGCCUUAUUACCUACAUCAAUUUGAUAAUUUUCCUUCAGAUUGCCACUGAAAUUGCCCAAAAUGAAUUCCCAGACAUUGAAUUUGACUCAAUGAUUGUUGAUAACGCAUCAAUGCAGCUGGUUUCUAGACCUACUCAGUUUAAUGGAGGCAUUAUGCUCAUGCCUAACCUUUAUGGUAGGUUAAUAUUAUUUUAAUGGUUUUUAGCGAAGCUUGGAGAUUUUUAGGACUUGAAUUGUUAAUUAUGAUAAUGUAUGAUUCUGCGGACGUAUAAAUAGUAAAUUUAGUCAUUUUCAAUCUCAAAAUUUAGGUAACAUCAUCUCAAACAUUGCCUGUGGCCUAGUUGGCGGUCCUGGCCUAGUAUCCGGCAUGAACAUUGGAGAACAUUAUGCUGUCUUCGAAACCGCCACCCGGAACACAGGAACCUCACUAGCCGGCCAAGACAAGGCCAAUCCAACCGCUUUUAUCAGAGCCGCUUGUGACAUGUUGACCUACCUCAGCCUACCACAAUAUGCCAACCUGAUCUCGGACGCACUGUUCAAGGCCUUGACUAUCGACAAAAUUCACACGGCUGACAUUGGUGGUAAUGCUAGCAGCUCGGAGUUGGUCGAAAAGUGUUUGGAAUACAUCGAACGAGACAUGAACAAGGUCGGAAAGCGUAUCACUCAUUAG